UCCUAGAGGGUGACUCCAUGGACCAGGACGUUGAGAGCCCCGUGGCCAUUCACCAGCCAAAGUUGCCUAAGCAGGCCAGGGACGACCUGCCGAGACACGUCAGCCGGGACCGGACCAAAAGGAAAAUCCAGAGGUACGUGCGGAAAGACGGAAAGUGCAACGUUCACCACGGCAACGUGAGGGAGACCUACCGCUACCUGACCGACAUCUUCACCACCUUAGUGGACCUCAAGUGGAGAUUCAACCUGCUCAUCUUCGUCAUGGUCUACACCGUGACGUGGCUCUUUUUUGGGAUGAUUUGGUGGCUAAUCGCAUACAUUCGCGGAGAUAUGGACCACAUAGAGGACCCAUCGUGGACUCCGUGCGUCACCAACCUCAACGGGUUCGUCUCUGCUUUUUUAUUCUCCAUAGAGACAGAAACCACCAUCGGUUAUGGCUACCGGGUCAUCACGGACAAGUGCCCGGAGGGUAUCAUCCUCCUCCUCAUCCAGUCGGUGUUGGGGUCCAUUGUCAACGCUUUCAUGGUGGGGUGCAUGUUUGUUAAAAUAUCGCAGCCCAAGAAGAGGGCGGAGACCCUGGUUUUUUCCACGCACGCAGUGAUCUCCAUGCGGGAUGGGAAACUGUGCCUGAUGUUUCGGGUGGGGGACCUGAGGAAUUCCCACAUCGUGGAGGCUUCCAUCAGAGCCAAGCUGAUUAAAUCCAAACAGACUUCGGAAGGGGAGUUCAUCCCUCUGAACCAGACGGACAUCAAUGUCGGGUAUUACACGGGGGAUGACCGUCUGUUUCUGGUGUCUCCGCUCAUCAUCAGCCACGAAAUUAACCAGCAGAGUCCUUUCUGGGAGAUCUCCAAAGCCCAGCUGCCCAAAGAGGAACUGGAAAUUGUGGUCAUCCUGGAAGGAAUGGUGGAAGCUACAGGGAUGACGUGCCAAGCUCGAAGCUCCUACAUAACCAGUGAGAUCCUCUGGGGGUACCGAUUCACGCCUGUCCUGACGCUGGAGGACGGGUUCUACGAAGUUGACUACAACAGCUUCCAUGAGACCUACGAGACCAGCACCCCAUCUCUCAGCGCCAAAGAGCUGGCCGAGUUAGCCAGCAGGGCCGAGCUGCCCCUGAGCUGGUCUGUCUCCAGUAAACUCAACCAACACGCAGAACUGGAGACUGAGGAGGAGGAAAAGAACCCUGAGGAGCAGACGGAGAGAAAUGGUGACGUGGCAAACCUAGAGAAUGAAUCCAAAGUUUAGUCCCCGGGCCCGGGGCCGCCCCUUCUCCUCUCCAACCCCCACCCCCCACCCCCGCAACCCUGCCUUGUCUCUCAUUCUCUUUCUUGUCUGUCUGUUACUCUGUUCUUUCCUUAUAUUUCAGUUUGGCAUUACCAGGAAACAAAUCUUCAAGGUGUAAAAUAUCUACCUGCCCUCUCAGUUAGUUCAGAUUGACGAGGUAGCUUGCAGAUUGGGUUAAGGCGUCAUAUGCCCUCUUUUGUGGUCCCAGCCUGGUCUCCUCCCGGGAUAGAGCACAUCUGACUAGAGAUUUACGCUACUCCCUUGCAUGUGUUGUAAAAUAGCAGAUCGCUCAAAAGGGUGCAUCCAAGAGUUUCCCUGGGAUGUGACGAGGAAGGUCUCUGGUGCCUAUUCAUUCACGCAGUGAGACAUGGAGUCGAGCCCUCUGUUUUACACAUCUCAAUAAAUUUCAUCCACGGGGCGAGGUGCUUGCCCUCUGUGGGCAUUGCGGUUACAGGACCCAGGUGAGGUGAAGACAAAACCCUGUACAUAUAUAUGCCUUAUGUAAUUAUCUUCUUUUGCAGUUAGUAACGAAACCCAGCAUGUACAAAAGUGCUGUAGAACACAACUGCUAAAUACUGUACAUAGGUGUAAGAUCAAUGUAGGUUUAGAUAUAUAACUUUAGAAAUAAGAUUUUUAAAAAAUGAUCCCCAAAGUACAGUAGGCAUUUCUGUUCUGAUGUCUCUUUUCUGGAUUUCUUUGAUCCCAUCGACCGCUGGCCCUUUAGUGCAUGGCCUUUGUUCUGUGUCCCAGACUGGCAGACGUUUGGGUACCUCACUGUUCCCUUCGUUGACUCUAAUAAGCCAUAGGUCUGGGGGAAGUUUGGAGGUCCAGUAGAUGGCAAAACCCAUCACCAAUAUGCUGAUAUACUGUGAAAUGUUUACAAAACUGAGGUCUCCUUUUUAAGACAACAAGGACCUCACUGACUAGCUUGGGGCAGAAUUUCAGGAGGAGAACAUGCUCUGGCAUGCCACAAUGACGUGCACUUUUUUUGUUUCUUG